CAUUUUUAUUUACUAUAAAUACGUCUAUAAAUUAAAACGAAAUCUGUACAUCGACAAUCAGUUUAAGAGACUCAUUAUCUCUAUCAACAUGUACGCACUAAAGUUUCUUGUCCUCAUUGUCGCAAUACUGAUGAUAAAAACUAAAGCAUCGCCAGUUGAGUAUGAAAAUUAUGACUAUGAUUCAUACAAUCAAGAGCCUGAGAAUAGUUAUGAGGAGUCAUAUCCAGAUCAUGGAUACUCUGGAUAUGAAUACGAUUCACACGAUAACUACGCUUUUAAUUACGGAGUGAAUGAUCCAUACACGGGGGACGUAAAGAGCCAGGAGGAAGUCCGCGUUGGUGAUGUAGUCAAAGGAUCUUACAGUAUUAAUGAACCGGAUGGAACAAUCAGGGUUGUCGAGUAUACUGCUGAUGAUCACAAUGGAUUUAAUGCUGUUGUAAAGAAAAUCGGACAUUCCGUACAUCCCAUUCCUCCUAUUGCUAAAUAUCAUCCUAUUGUCCCUAUUCAUCACCCAUUUAGUCACCAGCAAUAUCUCUACUAAUUACUUAGUAUUACAAAUUAUUAAUUAACAUUUUAAUUUAUUAUUAAAAAAUAAGAGUUUACUUUUUUUUUUUAAUUUAAAAAAAAUUAUCUUGCAGU